AUGUCGCUCAACCCAUCAUUCCCAACCGACAGGUUCGGCCCUGGCUUCACGGUCCCCUCGGCCGUGACAGUGACGGAGGGAGGACGAACCAUCACACUCACACCCACGCCGGAACCGCAGCCGACCUCCGAAGGCACACCAUUCCCCGAUAACAUCCUGCAACAGUCCGGCCUCGCACCGGGGCAGAUCAUCGGCAUCACCUUGGGCGCCACCUCGAGUCUCGUCCUCUUCGUCGUAGCCUUGGUCUGGUUCUGGAACCGCCGGAGGGCCAGGGCGCAAGCCGCCCGCGACGAGGCCCUCGACACUGUCAUGGACGACCCGGAAAAGCCCGACGAAGCCACGCUGAUGGGCACCAAUAACGGAGAGACAACGGAACUGCCGGCUCCGAGAGGGUUACACGAGAUGCCCGAGACACGAGAAGGGCCAGCUGUGGAACUACCGGCUCCCGUCGAGAGGCACGAGAUGCCAGCCUAA